GUUUAAGAAGGACAUAUUUAGGGUCUUCCAACAGCCAAUCAUAGUGCCAGACAUAUCUGAGUGGGUGUAGCCCUGGAGAGACAGUGGCCAAUAGUAGAGAGGGCUGUGACUGGGGUGAUAGAAGGUAGCCCGUGAGGUCAUCAAAGCACUAGAACUAGGACAGGCUGAGGAUCUGUGGCCUGUUGGGUGAUUUAAACCGUUGUGAGCCGGCACCAAACUCUGGUUCUUGCCUCCGGUUAAUGUCAUGGAAGACCUCCAGAGUGAACAUCAGCGAAUGCUGCGUCGCCACCACCGCGAGAAGAAAGAACUAGAGGCCCACAUCCAGAGCCUGAAGAGCUCCGUCCCCAAGAGUGACAAGAAGAAAAGAAAGCAGUUGCUCCUCGACACGGCCUGCCUCCGGGCCAAGAUGGAGUAGAGGCACCAGCAGGAGUUAGAGAAGUUCCAAGAGAAGUUCCCUGGCAACAGCAACCUGGAUUCUGCCACCGAAAAUCUGGCGAAGAUGAAUCUCGAGAACCAGCACCCCCACAUCUCUAGGGCACAGAAAAGGCGAGAAAAAAGAGAGGCCAUGGUGAGAGAGUGGCAGGAGAGGAUCCUUUUGGCUGAGAUGGAGCAUCUGGCCAGCUUCCGGCAAGAGGAGGAAGAGAAGCUCGCAACCAUCUUGGGAGCCAAGUAUCUGGAGAUGAAGGAUAUCCCUGCCGACAGCCACUGUAUGUACCGUGCCAUCCAAGACCAGCUGGUAUUCUCCAUGACGGUGGAGGGCCUGCGCCGCCGCACCACCGACUACAUGCGGAAGCACGUCGACGACUUUCUGCCCUUCUUCAGCAACCCCGAAACAGAUGACACCUGUACCCGCGACGACUUCAUGACCUACUGCGACAACAUCGUUCACCGCCCAUCAUGGGGAGGCCAGCUCGAGCUGAGGGCCCUGUCGCACGUCCUGCAGACCCCCAUCGAAGUGAUCCAGGCCAAUUCACCCACCUGGGUCAUUGGGGAAGAGUACCACAAGAAGCCACUCACCCUUGUCUACCUGCACUAUGCCUGCAGCCUCGGGGAGCACUACAAUUCCGUGAAGCCGCUUGCGGCUGGCGCAGCGAGCGGAGCAGCCCCACGCCUCUUCUAGGCCUUUCCAUGGGCCUCACGGUAGUCAUGGCAGUCACUCUGCGGCUGUCUCCACAUCUCCUCAGUAAGCUCGAGUUUCUUCUCCUUUGAUUUUCUGGUUUUCUUUGUUCUUUGCUUUAAUUAAAAUUUACCCUCCACCACAGUGUUCCUA